GACUAGCCCAUUCUGACAUCAUAUCAGCGGCAUAAUGGAAAAUAUUCAAUUUAGUAGCAGUAUAGUAAAAUAUUUGCCCUACGUCUGGUUGCCAAAGGUCGAAGACGAAGAAGUUCAAUCAGCAAUUUGAAUUUGGAUCUUCACACAUUAAAAGAUGCUCCCACUCUCUCUGCUCAAGACUGCACAGGGGCAUCCCAUGUUGGUGGAACUAAAAAAUGGGGAAACAUAUAAUGGUCAUUUGGUCAACUGUGAUACCUGGAUGAAUAUCCAUCUUCGUGAAGUUAUCUGUACUUCAAAGGAUGGAGAUAGAUUUUGGAGAAUGCCAGAAUGUUACGUUCGUGGGAAUACAAUAAAAUACCUUCGAGUACCUGAUGAGGUAAUUGAUAAGGUUCAGGAGGAGGCAAAAAGCCGUACAGAUAGAAAACCGCCUGGUGUAGGACGUGGAAGGGGAAGAGGUAGAGAUGACAGUACUGCGGGGAGACAAGCAAAAGGAAUUGGGCGUGGGAUGGAUGAUGGAGGUGCCAAAGGCCGGGGCAAAGGAGGACCUAGUGCCAAGUCUGGUGGCAGAGGUGGAGGUCGCGGACGUGGCUAGUAAUCUUUCAUCGAGAGACCAGGAAGCCAGGUGACAAUUGCCACCUUUUAAGGCAUGCUAUAUGUAUUUUGUUUGUCACCUAAUUCUAAGGCACUUGAAGGAUGAGAGGCCACUUCCAGUUAUUCUUAGUUUGAAAGUAAUGUAGUUAGGCUUGAGCGGAUCAUUUCAUUUGACCAUUGCUUUACAAUUGUGAAAAAACUGUCUGCAAGUUCGUGUUAUAUUUAUGAAAUCCCAGAUUUAAAGACUUUU